CAAUGGACAUCAGAAUUUCAUUUUGCAACUUUGUUUUCUUUGGCAAACCUUCAAUCCUUUGGAUUCAAAGAUGAAUUCUUUUCCUUUCCACUUUUGUUAGUGAGGCUGAUUUGGCAACUGCAGACUCUUCCCCAGAUGGGGCUGGUUGUAGAUCGUGAGGUGGUGAGUGCCUUCCCUCGUUGACGCAGGACCUCUAUGUGCUUCCUCAUUCAUGAACCAUUCUGAAUGUUCUCCUCCUGUUAUGAAUGGUCACAGGCCAGAUGCUCCUGGGAAUCACUGGGGUGUUGCAUUUUUUUGAGGAAUUACUGGUAUUGGGCAUGGGAAUGAUGAAGCCUGGCCUACGUAGGGGAUCAAUGACAGCGAUGUUGGCCUCAGGGAGUAUGUUGCCUAGAUUCACCUACUCUUUGUUUAUUCAUUUGUUUACUGAGAUACAGUGAGGAAUCAGCCCUUUGAGCCAUGCCACCCAGCAGUCUCCCAACUUAAUCCUAGACUAAUCACUGGGACCAAUUAACCCACCAACCGGUAUUCUUUGGACUGUGGGAGCAAACCGGUGCACCCGGAGGAAGCCCAUGCUGUCAUAGGGGAGAACAUACUAACUCCUUACAGGCAGCAGCGGGAAUUGAACCCGGGUCGCCAGUACUGUAAAGCUAAUCACUAUGCUACCGUGCCGCUCCAAUUUACAGGAUAGUGACAAUGUUGUUGGUAUUUUUCCAGGGGCUUGAGUUGCCAGUUGUAGCUAGUCCCAGUCUUGGAAGCACAUAGGGGGUCAGGAAUCACUGCUAAAAUGACCUAAAAUGGAACUGGUUUUACCUUCAAACAGCCAGUGCGGAAUAGUGAAGCAAUGUUGAUUCUCAACAAUAUUAUACAGAUUGUAAAUGACAAAGAUGUUUAAUACCAAUGAGUUGCUCACUGGUUCUAUGUAAUCCCCAUAGAGAUGUUGGAAAAAGUGAUCAGAUGAUGUUACAAAUGAAGUUUGAUUACUUCCUAAACAGUAUUACUUUAUUUAGACAAGUGAUUUAUAAGUAUAUAGUAAGGUUUUUACAGUUUUGAAGUUAAUCUUGUGGAAUUUCUGGAACCUUUCAGAGGGGUUUGCAGCCAACUUUGCAGCUGCAUAUGGGAGAGGUACAGGAGGGGGUGAUUAAACAAAUUCUCAUUCCACCUUUAAAAGAAAACACAUGGAAGACAAUUGUUCGAAACAAUGCAGAAGACAGAAAACGUCGUAAAGAUCAUUCAAGGAGUUCUCCUAGUCCCUCGCCUUGUGAGAGUUUACACAGUCAAAACACUUCGGAUUUCACUGCUGAAGUUUAUUGCUCAAUGCAUUUACAGUAAGGAAGUGGAAUCAGCUCCAGUUCCUGUCUUCACCUCCGCCUCCCUAACUGAAUUCAGCAAGGUUGUGUAGUGAUGAGAGCUGUCACCUACACUUCUCAGUCCCACGGAGUCCAGAUAUUUUGUGACUCUCUUCACAAUUACUCUUUUGUCUUUUGGUAGCCAUUUUCUUGUAGUCACCGUAAGUGCUGCAUAGAAAAUGCUUUCCUUCCACUGCUUGCAUUUUUUGCCUGCAACAUGUCCUAUCUACAGUUCAGCCACAAGGAAGAGCUGGGUUUCCAUCAGAACCAAAGCUCAUUAGAGCCUCACAUGAGAAGGGAGUUGCAGUGCACUCCAUUUAUGCAAUGUAGCAAAGGUCUUGUCAGUACAUCUCCUAAUCCCCUAAGGAAACCAUUGUGGAAUUCAGGCAGGCCAAGUCAGACAAAAACACACCAGUCCUCACUGAAAGAUCUGUGUUGAAAGGGUGAGCAGCUUCAGGGUUCUAGGUGUUAGUAUUUCAGAGGGGCCUAUCCUGGGGUCUAGCACAUAGAUGCAACCGUGAAGAAGGUACUCCAGUACCUCUACUUUCCUAGAAGGUUAAGGAGAUUUGGCAUGUCAACAAUGACUCUGAUAGACUUCUGCAUAUGCACAGUGGAGACCUUUCUAACUGGUUGCCUCAUCACCUGCAAUUGGAAUUCCAAUGUGGACCCUGCCAGUUCCAUCACGGGUGCAGCCAGCCCCUCCAUCAAGGUCAUCUACAAGAGGCAACACCUCGGCAAUCAUCAGGGGCUGCUACCAUCCAAGCCAUGUCUUCUUGAUGCUGGUACAGGAGGUACAGGAGCCUGAAGAUCCACACUUCACAGAUCAACAACAGCUGCUGUCAGGUUCUUCAACCAACCAGAAAAACCUAAGGCUACCUCAGAAUAGACGUUUCUGUCUUUCAACAUACACAGCAAAAUAAACAUAACGAUCAAACACUAUUUAAAACCAACAAAACUGCUGGAGUCCAAAUGGAAAAAUCUCGGACCUGUCUCAAGUACCUCAUGUUUCUGUCCAAUAGUUUAAUUUUUGUAGGAGGUAUUUGUCUGCUGGGAGUUGGCAUCUGGGUUACAACCAACCCCAAUGGCUUCAAGAAUAUUGUGGCUACAAACCCAUUAAUAUAUACUGGAGCUUACAUCAUCCUGUCAGUCGGAGUAAUUCUCUUCUUUCUAGGGUUCUUAGGUUGCUGGGGAGCCAUCCGAGAGAGCAAGCAACUGCUUAUGACUUUCUUGCUGCUUAUUUUGAUCAUUUUCAUCCUGGAGCUGAUAGCUGCCGUCCUUGCAUUAGUCUUCCGAAAGCAGAUACGAAAGGAUUACUUUUUAAAGGAAUUGCAGAUGAAAUAUAAAGGUGACAAUUCUACCGAUGUCUUUUCGAAGACUUGGAAUGUAAUCAUGGUGGACUUUUCCUGCUGUGGUGUAAAUGGACCUCGUGACUUUGAACAGAACUCCACUUUUUCCCAGCUUUUCCCAAAUAGACUGCUGCCUGAAGCAUGCUGUAAAAGGAAUAACACUUUUCCGGUAGAGCACAUCCUAGAAAGGGCCAAAUGUGUACAGGGAGAUGCUGGCUACAUAAACAACAAGGGAUGCUUCUCAAAGAUUGCAGAGAAUUUUCGGAACUACGUCCACUUAGUUGGUGCUUUCAGUAUAAUAGUGCUCUUAAUUGAGCUUUGUGCAAUGGCUUUUGCAAUCUUCAUAUACCAGACCUAUAACUAAUGUUGGCUGCCAUCAUAUGAAAGGGAUAGAGUUCCAGUCACUUUUAAACAGAGAACCAGGCAGCAGGUGAAAUCCCAGACUUUCUGAUCAAUGACUGAAAGGAUGUGCGGAGCCGGGAAUAGUCCACCAAGCCAGGACCAAAACAUGGCUGACAUCAGCUCUGAGGAGCAAGGAAACAGAAAAAAAGAUAAUUUUUAUAUUUCUGUCCGUGAUAAGUAUUUUUUGACUUGUUGACAAUACUCUACACAGAUUUACAUCAGAAUCAUGCCCUAUAUUAAAUAGUUAUGUGGUCAAGUAUCAAAGUAAUGUGAAACUAUUAUUUUACAGUAAUGUAGAUAAUAUUAUGAAACUAUUUCUGUAUUGGUUUUGUAAAUAUAUCUGUGUAAUAUUGGCUGUACUUUUGACUCUAAACCUGAAAAACAUGUGAAAAUUACUCUUCUAUUAUCCUAUCGAGCUGACACUUUGAGGCUUCUCAAUCCACAGACAGAUCAGCAGCCCCCAAUUCAGUGUUUUUCUGGUAUUUGUGAGGAGGAUUAGUGUGAUACCCUGUUCACUUAGAUCUUCUGCCCCACACAAUCUCUUCACCACAUCUGUUUGGGAAUUCAUCCUGAUGGCCUCUCCACAUGUACUUGCCUGUUGAGAUCUCACCCAGCAAUCUGCUGUGCAGUGUAUGUACGUGACAGGAACAUGUCGUGUGACCACCUCAGUUUAUGUUUCCUGCUGCCACCCCAAGAACUGUAGUGUUUUUCUCAGAGAGAGUUACUCAAGGGAGAUAUUCUAUUACUUAGUCAUGCACUGGUUAUAUUACCUUGGUUUACACACAUGCACGUACGCACGCACACACACACACUUACUCACUCACUUACACACACACACACUCACUCACUUACACACACACACACACUGCGGAGUAUGUAGAAGCAGCAACAGAGACCAUCACAUAUUUUAAUGCAUUUUAAAAUUAAUUUAUUAUUCUAUGCCAUUGGGCCAUUGUUCUCAAUGCUGGACAACCCUCUGUGUAUUGAAAACCUUUAUAAUCGAUGUGAAAUGAUUUGUACCCACCGCUAAUGAGGUAAUCAUUCCACAGGGCAAUGCCUUCAAGAAUUAUUCGGCAUCAGUUUAUUAAAGUUAUUAUUUCCAAAGCAAUCAUAAAUGUAGUUUUAACUCCCCACCCUAGUAAUUUCUUAUACUGUGCAACAAAAAAGCUGGGAUCUGAAACUACAAUUGUCACCUGGACUUCUUAAAAGCUUUCAGAAUAUUCUGGAUAAUUGCAAUGUGCAGCUUCUCCUGGUAUGCUGCCUAAAACUAAGGCUAAGCUCCAGGGUCUGAGGCUGUUUUUACUCAGUCAGGGCAUCACAAACCUCUCUCUUGUUAAACGGCUUUAAUAGUCCAGGCUUUAAUAGUUUAAUGUAUGACACAAAGGCGUGUAGAAUAGAACCCCCAUUUACCCAGUGAAUUGGUGUUUCUCGGACUGGCUGGAGGUGACUAGUGGGGUACCACAGGGCUCUGUAUUGGGACCACAGGUCUUUACGAUUUAUGUCAACGAUUUAGAUGAGGGCAUUGAAAACUAUAUCAGCAAGUUUGCUGACGCUACUAAACUGGGUGGCAGUGCGACAUGCGAAAAGGACGUUAGGAGAAUACAGGGAGACUUGGAUAGGCUGGGUGAGUGGGCAGAUACUUGUUAGGUGUCAUUCAAUGAGAAUAAAUGUGAAGUUAUCCACUUUGGAAGCAGGAACAAGAGGGCAGAGUAUUGUCUGAACGGUGUAGAGUUAGGUAAGAGAGAAAUGCAAAGAGACCUAGGAGUCCUAGUUCACCAGUCAAUGAAGGUGAAUGAGCAAGUGCAACAGGCAGUGAAGAGGGCAAAUGGAAUGUUAGCCUUUAUUACAAGGGGAAUUGAGUACAAGAGCAAGGAUGUCCUUUUGCAUUUGUACAGGGCCCUGGUAAGACCACACCUUGAAUAUUGUGUACAGUUUUGGUCUCCACGUUUAAGGAAGGACAUUCUGGCAAUUGAGGAAGUGCAGCGUAGAUUCACUAGGUUGAUUCCUGGGAUGGCAGGGCUGUCUUACGCAGAGAGAUUGGAGAGAUUGGGGUUGUACACACUGGAAUUGAGGAGAUUGAGAGGGGAUCUGAUUGAAACGUUUAAGAUAAUUAAAGGAUUUGAUAGGAUUGAGGCAGGAAAUAUGUUCCAGAUGUUGGGAGAGUCCAGUACCAGAGGGCAUGGAUUGAGAAUAAGAGGCCAGUUAUUUAAAACAGAGUUGAGGAAGAGCUUCUUCUCCCAGAGAGUUGUGGAGGUGUGGAAUGCACUGCCUCGGAAGACGGUGGAGGCCAAUUCUCUGGAUGCUUUCAAGAAGGAGCUAGAUAGAUAUCUGAUGGAUAGGGGAAUCAAGGGAUUUGGGGACAAGGCAGGGACUGGGUAUUGAUAGUGAAUGAUCAGCCAUGAUCUCAGAAUGGCGGUGCAGACUCGAGGGGCCAAAUGGUCUACUUCUGCACCUAUUGUAGUAUUAUCGAGUAUGCUAGGGUGAAUAGUGUUGACACUAGUUGCUUGGUUUGAUUUAUAAAUCCUUACAUCUAUUAGUAUUAACCCUGUGUAUCAGCUCUGACUUAGCACCCCACACUUAUUGAGUCUUACAAAUGGAAAACAACCAGAUCUGGAGAUCCGGGUCAAAACUGUCUUGCAAAAUCCUACAGUCACUCUGCAGGUUUUUGCAAAUAAAACAACGUGUGAUGUUUAAAAUUUAAGCAAACUGUAACAACACAUAUAUUAAACUCCAAAAACCUGAACACAAAAGUGCACUAGAACCCUUUACAUAAUUACAUCAUCACAUCAGACCAGCCUCUUAAAGUGAAACCCCAACUCAAUGUUGGUGGUUGUGAAUCAUGUUCAUUUCCACCAAAUUAUGUUACCCUACACAAGAAUUCACCAAAACCAGCAGUGUGAGCCGUUCAGCUCAGGUCCUGUGUUCCAUGGGCGGAGGAACAGCUGGUGCCUCUGGCUCAUCCAGAGGUGUGUUGACACACUCAUGGUCAUAUUGUCACGGCAGAGGUAUGGUGGCGGAAUCCUUCAAAUCUUGAUGAGCCGGUUUAAGGAGAUUGACCAAGAAACAUUCAGGUUUACCCCUCUUAUCUAUGAUAAAAGUUUUUCUCCCUGUUCCAAAAUUUACAUCAAACCAUCGUAAGGGGGCCCAAGGGGAUGUUGACAUGCAUCAUGGGAGAUGAAAACAAGCAAGGCGGAACAUAGGUCAACAAGAGUUCAUGAAUGCUGUUCGCCAUGAUGGGAGGAAGGAAUAGGUGCAAAGAAACUGAAUUUACUGAGGAGGGUGGAACGUUGUUGAGAGCCUGACCAGACGGUCACGGUGUCAGGAAUGAAUUCACAUAACGGCUGUCCAUAUAGCAAAUCAGCUGAGGAUGACUGCAGGUCCUGUUUUGGAGCAGUUCUAAGCCCCAGAAGGACCCAGGGUAGAUGAUCAUGCCAACACUCAUUGGUCAGGGAAGCCCUCAGAGCAGUCUUUAAGGAGCAAUGAAACUAAUCGGAUAGGCCAUUGGACUACGGGUGAUAUGCUGUGUUGUGAUGUAGCCUAAUGCCGAACUUUUGGGCCAUCACAGCCCAGAGAUCUGUUAUGAAUUGGGGACCUUGGUCAUAUGGGGUGCCAAACCAAGUUACUGAGAUGCUGAUGAACACCUGAACCAUAACUGCGGCCGUUGAUGAUAGAGGGAUGACCUCUGGCCACCAGCUGGUAUGGUCCACCAUGGUAAGGAGGUGCGUGAAACCGUGCCAAAGGGGAAGAGAACCAACAUGGCCGCUCAAGAACUUCACAAGGCGGCUGAACAUGAUGGUUAAUGUUUGCCCACUGGCACUCCACACAAGCUGCAGUCCAAUCUCGCAUAUCCUUUCAAAGGCUGUGCUACACAAACUAUAGUACAACCAUUUUCUGUGGGGCAUUCUGGCCUGGAUUCGAGAGGCCACGUAUGGAGUCAAAAACAGUCCAGCUCCAGUUUGCGAAGUGAGGGUGACUGGCUGAGACAUCACACUGGAGAAAAAACCCGUUUCCCCAGGCUUAAUGUCAGCAAACCACAGGCCCAUGUCUGCUGUUCAGUAAGCCCGGACCUCUGGGUCAGUGGCUUGCUCGGCUGCCAUACUGGCAAAGUCAACACCUAUUGAUGCACCAUCAAUAAUGAGAUGUGAAAGCGAGAUAUCGGCUUUUAUUGACUGGAAGAAAGAACAAGCAAUAGUUGACCACCAUACUACAUUCUGGAGAAUGAGGGCCGGGCUCAGGCCUCAAUCGCCUUUAUACCGGGGUCUGUGGGAGGAGCCACAGGAGCAGUCAGCAGGGGGCGUGUCCAGACAUGUGUAUGUAGUUCACCACACCUAUGUGCACGGCCUCAGAGGCUGGCCAUGAUAGGCAAUCAGCCAUGGCAUUAUUUUUACCCCUGGAAUGUUGUAAACCCUUGGUAAGCUUGGAUAUGCAGACCACCAUCUGAUAUUUUGGCCAUCGCAUGCACAAGGGGUUUGCAGUCAAUGAAUGCCUUUCUCCAGGAGAGAGCAACAAUGGCGGGCAGGCAGAUAGAGUCUGAGAAGCUCAUGGUCAAACGUGCUGUACUUCCUUUCGGGGUUCAGAGCCGCUGUCUGAAGAAAGUGAGCAGCUGCCACAUGCCUCUGACCAACUGUCCGUGCACAGAACCCACAGCAUAGUCUAAGUGAUGGCUAUGGGUGCACUGGGGAGCGGGUCGGGUUGGAAAGAGCUCGUUUGUAUCAUCAAGUGCCCUGGUCAUGUCCGCUGACCAGUCUAGCACAUGAUUAAGGGUGUUGCCUUUAAGGACAUUAUGUAGGGGGGUGUAAGUUCGACAGCUCACCGACUGAAGCGGUGAUAGAAAUUCACCAGGCCUAAAAGCUUCUUUUUAGAUGUGUAGGGCAGUGGGAAAUCCAUAAUAAUGGCUGCUUUUGAUGGGAGGGGUUUCCACCUUCUUCAGAGAUGCGAUGGGCGAGGAAGUCAAUGGUUGACAAACCAAACUGGCAUUUAGCAGGGUUUAUAAUCAAUCCACAGUGGCUUAAGUGCUUGAAAAGUGUGUGGAGAUGAGAUACAUGUUCAGAUUUGGACACACUGGAGACAAGUAAACAAAAAGAAAAUCUAAAUCUUUAAAUACAGAGUCUAUUAGCCAUCUGUUGGAAAGUCUGUGCAGCAAUUUCAGCCCAAAUGGCAUUCACAGAAACUCUAAGAGGCCAAACGGAGUUAUCACAGCCAUUUUGGGAAUGUCCUCCGAGCACAUAUCACCUGAUGAUCGAGUUUGGGGAAAAAAGAUUAACUUUCUGGUUAAUCAUGCCGAAAAGUUAUGAAUGCAUGAGACCAGGUGGGGGUGGUUUCAUUAAGGCAUUGUUAAUCGCCAUGUGGGCAGUAACCACCAUCAGACUUGGGUACCAUAUGGAGGGGCUAUUUGAUCCGAGUACAAUGCCAAAUUGUGAAGGCUGAGUUGGCAAACUCGGUUGCUAGCUUUUCCCGGUCCAGUCUAUGCGUGCGGGCAUGGGCUGCCAGGCCAGUUGUGGGGGUGUGGUGCUCAUCCCCAUGUUUUGUGACUGUGGUGGAGAACAUGGAGGUUGUGGAAUUUGCCCAGUAGUUGAGUAAACUCACAUGUCGUGGUGCAUGUGCUUAGCAGAGUCGUUGUGAGGAACUUACUGGGGGAGCAGGGUAAUGAGAUCCACAAGCCAGCAGGUUUUAAGGUCAACUAACAGUCCUUGGGGACACAGGGAGUCUGAACUGAGCAGAGGUUCAACCACUUUAGCCAGGACACAGUCCCAUGUGUAACUUCACCCACUGAACCAGAGCUUCACCCGUCGUGUCCCGUAAGUCUGGAUUCUGCUGUCGUUGGUAGCCUCCUGCGAGGUUUCAUUGCUCUUUGCCUUUUGAUUGAUAGGUGAUGCUGGCAGCACACUCACUUGAGCACCCAUGUCACACAGGAAGUGUCACCCUGUCCAUAAGGAACAGUAGACGAGCCUGACAGCUGGAACCCACGGUGUUCGAAGACCUCUGAUGUCCUGAUGCACUGGCACUGUCAAAGCUGCAAAGCGGUCAGCACUUCCUAGUGUUCGUAGAAAGCAAGUAUGGUAAAAACACAGGGAUGGCAUCAUCUAUUUCACAGCCGUGGGUGUCCUUACAUUGGGGGUCUUACUGACUGGGCUCAUUGAGGUAGAGAAAGGAGGUGUAAUGAUGCACCACUGCGUGGCUGAGUGUAGACGAUCAGACAUUUUAGCAAGACAUUAUAGUCCAUCACGGGUGCAUUAGUGGGGGUAUGCAAACUGGAUCAGGCAUUUGCUGCAUGAAGAUUUCUUUAUAAAUAAAACAAGAUGGUGAUUUCCCAGGAGAGACAGCAUGGGGUCCAAUAGCUCUGACAGCCUAGUAUCACUGAGACUGGGCAAGGAGAGAACUGUUUGGUGUGCUCAGACUCUAACAGCCCGAAGGUGAGCUUUCAGCCAUUGGUAUUUAUUGUGUUUAGACAGGUGGUGGUGUAGACUCACCUCUCUCGCAGCCGUGGAGUUUCAGAGCUUGGUGUCCUCAGCAGAGAUUUCCCAUGGCAUGAAUUGGACCUCAGCUUGUAGAAAUCAAGCAAUGGCAUUUUGCUCCCAAAACAUCAGCAGUUUCAAAGUGACUGUGUUGGCUGACAUGUUCCAUAACUCUGGAAUUGUCCUAGAGAAUCAGGGUCACCAAUGUAGGUUUUCACAAAUAAAACAAAGUGAGGUGUUUUUAGUCUAAAAAAACAGUGGCAACAUAUUAAUUGAACUCCAAAAACCAGAACACAAAAGUGCGCUAGAACUCUUCACGUAAUUACAUCAUCAUGCAAAGCUUGCAGAGCGAUUUAGGCCAGUUAGAAGAGUGGGCUGAACAAUGGCAGAUGGAGUUUAAUGCUGAUAAGUGUGAGGUGCUACAUUUUGGAAGGAAUAAUCCAAAUAGGACAUACAUGGUAAAUGGUAGGGCAUUGAAGAAUGCAGUAGAACAGAGUGAUCUAGGAAUAAUGGUGCAUAGUUCCUUGAAGGUGGAAUCUCAUGUGGAUAAGGUGGUGAAGAAAGCUUUUUGUAUGUUGGCCUUUAUAAAUCAGAGCAUUGAGUAUAGAAGUUGGGAUAUAAUGUUAAAAUUGUGCAAGGCAUUGGUAAGGCCGAAUUUGGAGUAUUGUGUACAGUUCUGGUCACCGAAUUACAGGAAAGAUGUCAACAAAAUAGAGAGAGUACAGAGGAGAUUUACUAGAGUGUUACCUGGGUUUCAGCACCUAAGUUACAGAGAAAGGUUGAACAAGUUAGGUCUUUAUUCUUUGGAGCAUAGAAGGUUGAGGGUGGACUUGAUAGAGGUAUUUAAAAUUAUGAGGGGGGAUAGAUAGAGUUGAUGUGGAUAGGCUUUUUCCAUUGAGAGUAGGGGAGAUUCAAACAAGAGGACAUGAGUUGAGAGUUAGGGGGCAAAAGUUUAAGGGGAACAUGAGGGGGAAUUUCUUUACUCAGAGAAUGGUAGCUGUGUGGAAUGAGCUUCCAGUUGAAGUGGUAGAGGCAGGUUUGGUAUUGUCAUUUAAAGUAUAAUUGGAUAGGUAUAUGGACAGGAAAGGAAUGGAGGGUUAUGGGCUGAGUGCGGGUCAGUGGGACUAGGUGAGAGUAAGCGUUUGGCAUGGACUAGAAGGGCUGAGAUGGCCUGUUUCCGUGCUGUAAUUGUUAUAUGGUUAUAUCAUGUCAGACCAGCCUCUUAAAGUGAACCUCCAAUUUAAUGUCAGCGGUUGUGAAUUAGGUACUUUUCCAUCAGUUAUGUUACUCUACAACUCAAGGACUCUGAAUUCAAAGCUCAAACUUGAAGUAUGCAUUAUAGCAAGGAAUGCCUCCCCAUCUGAAAUUUGGCCCCAUUCACUUCUCUGGCAGGGAUAUUGAAAGAGAAUAUACCAUAUGUCUAAUACUAUAGCAAGUGCUAAGUGUCAGAGAUCAAAGAUGAAUUUCUACCCGACUGACCUUAAAAUAUAUGAAAAAGGGGCUUUGCUAUCAACACCAACCUUACAGUCAAUUUACUUUCUCUUUGGUCGUUUAACCUGCCUGAUAGCAGUUUUCAAUUUGGCUUUAACUGAAUUACAACUUUGUUAAUUUGUGAGUUGUUUAAAUUGCAUCUGAUAAAAUAUUAUUUAGCUUGGAAAUCAAUGUUUAAACAUUUUGUUUAUCUUUCCAUUUAUAUUCAAUCUGCAUAACAACUACAUUUAGAGUUCUUUACUAAAGAUCAGCAUCAGAUUGUUCCUUAGAAAUGCAUUGUGAAAAGGACAAAGUUGGAAUAAAUAAGAAUAUUUCACACAAUGAGUAAUUAAUGUAUAUGGGGUAAAGAGUGACACAAAUGAAUAUUUUAUUGCUGAUAUUUCUUCCUCCUUAGGAAGCCCUUCAAGACUGACUAUGACCUGCUUUGACUCUGAUUUUCUGGGUUCUGAUGUGGGAAUAUUAAUAUGGGUACCAUAUCUUUCAGAGAUGAGGUGGCAGGUGGCAGGUGGGGUGAGUGGAUGGUAGUUUGACAGGUGGUGCAUUUCUUCUGCCACUUAUGCAGGGUUUCUGUAAACUUCUGAUGCAUAGAAUAGAGAUUCAUUGAGUUAGUGAGUGCCAUGGUCUGUACUGUGGAGUAUUAUUAACACGUUAAUGUAAGACUAAGUUCUUCCAGAAGCUUGUCCUUGCUGCACAACACUGUUCUUUGAAGGUUCAUAAUGAGAUCCUGGAAAAUGAGCGAUACCUCCUUCCCUUGAGAGCCACCUGUCUUUGAAGGUUGAUGUCAUCAGCGAAAUUCACAAUGGCCUUCAAUGCAUCAACAUGGCUUGAAGUAAGUCAGGGGAAAGAGUGUUUGAAGAUCCAGAACUCAGACUUGUCCCAAAGCUGAUUGCUGCUCUCCCAUAUGCAGCUGAGAUUUGUGUUCCCUACAGCAAGCACCUCAAAGCACUGACAAAAUGCCACCAAUGUGUCUCUGCAAGUACUUCCAAACUCAGCGAAAGGAUAAGUGAACCCACAUUAAUGCAUUCUACUGGGCCAAUACCCCCAAUGCUGUUGACUCUUACCAUUUCUUUGGCUUUCUUGGUGGAGCCCCAGUUAAAUUUGUCAUAUUAUUUACAAAACGUUUGUUUGCUACCUAACAUUUAGUCAAGGCAGAAGCCAAGUCAUUCAAGUAUAAAUACUUCAAUUUUUUUUUCAAAUCAAAUGUAUUUCUAUCCUUAGAUUUUUUAAAUGUGGUUCAUUAAUAGUUAAUUCAAUAUUGCAAUUUAAAGGGUUAUUUCAGUUGGUUUCAAAUAAGCACUUCUGCCUAGAACUUUCAAGGAGAGUUUAUCAGGCCAGACAGUAUCCAUAGAUGGUGAGAAAAUGAAAUAAACUACUAUGUAAGUAAGUUACUGUUGUUAUAAUUUCACACAAUAUUUACUAAUCUUUAAUCUACCAAGCAAGUCUUAACUAUGUAUAAUGGUUAUAAAAAUAUAUAUUUAUAUUUAUAUAUGUAUGUGUAUAUGUAUGUUGUAUCACUGCUACCAUUGACUUGUUAUUAUUAUUGUUCAAUAAA